CUUCAGGGUGUGCCGGUGGCUUACGACAACAUCAAGGUGGUGGGCGAGCUCGGGGACAUUUACGACGACCAAGGGUUCAUCCACCUGAACGUCGAGGCGGACUUCGUCAUCUUCAGCCCCAAGAAAGGGAAGAAGCUGGUGGGUGUAAUUAAUAAAGUGGCCCCUAGUCAUAUUGGCUGCCUGAUACAUGGAUGCUUCAAUGCUUCUAUCCCUAAACCUGAACAAAUGUCCAUUGUACAGUGGCAAGAGCUGGGGUUAAAAAUAGGAGAUGAACUGAAAUUUCAAGUAUUGCAUUUGGAUUCUGAUGCGGCUGGGGUGUUCUUCAUUCGAGGAGGACUCACUAAAAGCAGCAUGCAGCCCAAACAAUCUGAGACCACCGCUGACAAUACAAAUGGAGACGAAAUUCAAAAGGUUGACCACCAGGAAAAUGGAUUGAAUGACUCUGGGGGAGAUAAUGUCACAGAGGAGCCUUUGGACGAAACAGAUAACAUGGGGAGGGAAAAUGCAGAAGAGCAAAGAGUUGAUUCUGUGAAUGGAUUAUGUGAAGAUAAAAGCAAGAAGAAAAAGAAAAAGAAAAAGCAUAAGCAAGAACAGGAGCAUGUAUUGCCUACCAGUGACUCCAGUGGUUACCAAAGUGACCAUAAAAAGUCGAAGAAAAAGAAAAGAAAGCAUUGCAAUGAAGGCGAAGAAAGUGAAUUCUCUCAGCUGUCGCAAGAACCCAAAGCUAAAAAGAAAAAGGACUAA